AUGAAGAAGUUAUUCCUUUUUACUACUUUUAUAGGUAGUGCUAUUGUUUUAACCUUAUUUGGGACUUUACUUUUAGCUGACCGUCUAACACUAUUUAGUACAAAACCAAGCUAUUUAAAAUCAGUUUUUCUUACGAACAGUGAUUUAGUUUAUCCCGAAUCAAUGCAAGGGUAUUCCACAUACAAUGAAAAAUCUUCUGCAUUCCAAUUAAUCUAUGUAACUGAUAACGAUAAGUAUAACACUGAUGGUAAUAAUUUUAUUUCUAAAGUCCAUUUUGGAAUGAUAAGUAAAGUUGGUAAUAAAUGGAGUUUUACAGAAAACAUACAAAAGAGUUUUCAAAUUAAUACCCAAUUAAAUUAUGGUGGAAGAGGUAAUGAACUGUCUGAAGUCGUCCAAUAUUUUAAUAACCUUUAUGUUUUUGAUGAUAAGACAGGCGUUGUUGCUCAACUAGAUUUAGAAUACAAAAAGUUCUAUCCAUGGAUUAUUAUUGCUGAUGGAAAUGGAAAUCAAACAAAAGGUGCAAAAAAUGAAUGGGCAACAAUUGUAGGUGAUAAGUUAUACAUUGGAAGUCAUGGACCAAAUACCUAUGACUCAUUAGGAAGAGUUGAUAGAAAUAAUAAAUAUUACAUUCAAAAAGUUAAUAAAGAAGGUAGUUUUGAAUAUGAAGAUUGGUCGAAUGUAUACAACAGUAUUUUGGAUGCACUAAGUAUUGAAAUUCCUGGAUAUAUUACUAAUGAGGCAGUUGUGUAUUCGAACUUAAAGAAAAAAUGGUAUUUUGCCCCAAGAAAAUGCAGCAAUAAAGCCUAUAAUAAACAAGAAGAUGAAAAAAUGAAUAGUUGUAAAUAUAUUAUUGAAUUGGAUGAAAAUUUAAAAAACCCAAGAAUUAUCGAAGACAAACAAUACGACGAAACUCAUGGGUUUUCAAGCAUCAAAGUUCUUCCAUUUAAUGAAGACAUUUUAGUUUAUCUCAAAUCAUAUGAAGUUGACAAUAAUUUUAAGUCAUUUAUUGGUAUGAUAAGUGUUAAUGGAGAAGUGGUUAUGGAAGAACAGCUAUUGGGUUCUGAAAAAUUUGAAGGUUUAGAAAUCAUUCCUCUAAAUAUAUAA